CCUCCGCAGACCUCGUGGGAAAGAAACCGUUUGCGCUGCGAUCUAGCGUAUACCGACCAACGAGCGUGGGACGUUCCAACUUACAUUCCAGCGGCGAGCGGGUUCGAUGUCUGCGUCGUUUCGUCGACAGACGCCCAAAAAAAGAAUGUCCCAGGCAACAGGUUUGACCGAUCCGGGUUUGCUCAUUCACACGCCUCGUUCCAUUCCAACGGGUGAGGCAGGGUUUGGAUGGGCACUUAUCUCCGGGGGUGUGUAAAAAAUAGAAAGACCAAAAGAAAGAAGGAGGAGAAGGAGGAAAAUGAAAAGAGACAUUAUUCGUAGGCAUUGGGCGCCAUGUUCGGGCCGAGGAGGUAAGGUAGAGUUAGUUGCUGGCGUGGUUCUGGUUCUGUCCAUGUUUCAAGGAACCAAAAUCGCGAGAAACAAGAAAAGACUGAAAGAAAACACUAGAUCGAGAUCUUCAAUUUGCUGCUGCUGCUGUUGCUGCUGCUGGAUCCGACGGGAUGGGCAAUGGCAUGGCAUGGCACAUGCAAUGCUGGAGAAUUUCUCCCCAACCACCACCCCACCCCUUCUCAUAUACCACACAUCCCUGUAUCCCCCAUUCUCUCUCUCCCUACUCUCCUUGGCUAUGCCGGACUUGGGAGAGAGAACGAGAGAAAUGGGAGACAAAACUUCUCUGGAAGUUGUCUUCAACCGUCUGAUCGGGAUCACCAAGGCCGAUCGGCAUGGGCAGCAUGGUGCCAUGGGGAAUUGGCUGGGCCGCGCGGAUUUUUUCUUGUCUUGCAAUGGCGCGGGCUCAAACAGCUACAGGCUCUCGGUGGAAUGCAUCGUAGGUUUUUGGUUAGGUAUCUGGGGGGUUUUUUUUUUCCGUUUACUAGCUGCGUGGCACAGAGACAUUUUGGUGAGACAAGACAUCGCUCUGGGAACUGUGUUCAUGGUGUACUGAUUAACAUCUCGAUGGUUGAUGGUGCCAGCCGCGUGGGCGACCUUACACAUGAGCAAGAAGUGGAAGCGUAAGACAGAGGAAAGCAAUCGAGUAUGUUUGUUCAACGUGUGUUUGUAUUUUGGCCUUACCGCUGGCUGUGAACCAAG